UUGGGAGAUCAGAUGCCUCGCAAGUGGAGAGAGAGGCCAUUGACCUCGAUCCAUCCCCUUCAUGUGCACCUGUGACCUGCUAAUAGACACAGCCCCACACACCCACACCGUCUCCCCCUCCAAACCCAUCACCCAUCUCUGCUCCCGCCUCCCCAGCCGAUCACCUCCACUGCUCUUUCCUGCAUCUCCAUUGCAUUGCAUCUUGUGUUCUUGUUGUUCGUCGCAUGUGUCUUUCUCCAUUCCCCCAAUCCUAGCAAGAGAAAGGUAGAGAGAGAGACUGUUCUUGUGAGAGAGCUGGACGCCACCUCCGCACCCAUUACGCCUUAGCCAAACCUUGAGAAAAACCUGUGAAGCAUGUAAGAACUCCGAUCCUUGUCCAAAAUCCAAAUCCCAGAAGAAGAAAAAAGCACAAAAAAAUAAGCCACAACCAAAGCAUCGGUGUUGCGAAGCGAGGCGUAAGUUGGUAGGCUGGAUACGCCCCCACUGAUUCCUUAGCACAAAAUCAACAAAAACCUCCAGAUCAUGUAAGUUUCGCCACCGUCUUUGCUUUGCUUGCCACCAAGCUGAAAAAAGAACAAAAAAAUUAGGAAAAAAACCCAGCAUGUAUCUGUAGCAGCAGCCAUCAGUCGUGGUCUAAUGAUCCUGAAGCCAAUCCGGCCAGUAUCGUAGCAUUACCUUUGCAAAAACCACCAAAUCAUGUAGUUAGUACACCGUCUCCUAUUUCUGCUGCACUGCCAGUCGUUUAAAAAAUACAAAAAAAGUUAGAGAGUGUGUGUGUGAGAGAGAGGAAGCAAGUAGCAAAGAGAUCAGUGAUGGAGGCGGGGUCGACGCCGCCGAACGGGUCGGCGCCGGCGACGCCCGGGACGCCUGCGCCGCUGUUCGCGGGGCCGCGGGUGGACUCGCUGUCGUACGAGCGCAAGUCGAUGCCGCGGUGCAAGUGCAUGCCGGCGGUGGAGGGGUGGGGGAUGGCGACGAACACCUGCGUCGUCGAGAUCCCCGCGCCGGACGUCUCGUUCACCCGCAAGCUUGGUGCGGAGUUCGUGGGCACGUUCAUCCUCAUCUUCUUCGCGACGGCGGCGCCGAUCGUGAACCAGAAGUACGGCGGCGCGAUCACGCCGUUCGGGAACGCGGCGUGCGCGGGGCUCGCCGUGACGAUCGUCAUCCUGUCGACGGGACACAUCUCCGGCGCGCACCUGAACCCGUCGCUGACCAUCGCGUUCGCGGCGCUGCGCCACUUCCCCUGGCUCCAGGUGCCCGCGUACGUGACCGUCCAGGUGCUGGGAUCCAUCUGCGCCAGCUUCGCGCUCAAGGGCGUCUUCCACCCGUUCCUCUCCGGCGGCGUCACCGUGCCCGACGUCACCAUCUCCACUGCCCAGGCGUUCUUCACCGAGUUCAUCAUCUCCUUCAACCUCCUCUUCGUCGUCACCGCCGUCGCCACGGACACCCGCGCGGUGGGUGAGCUCGCCGGGAUCGCGGUGGGAGCGGCUGUGGCGCUGAACAUCCUCGUGGCCGGGCCGACGACGGGCGGGUCGAUGAACCCGGUGAGGACGCUGGGACCGGCGGUUGCGGCGGGGAACUACCGGCAGCUGUGGAUCUACCUGCUGGCGCCGACGCUCGGCGCGGUGGCCGGCGCCGGCGUGUACACGGCGGUCAAGCUCAGGGGCGUGGACGGCGAGACCCCGCGCCCGCAGCGCAGCUUCCGCCGCUGAUGCGCGCACGUACGCGAAUACUGUCCGCGCGUGUCACGGUCUCCUCCACGGCCAUGUCGCGUCCGUGGUUCGUGCCGUGCCGUGUCAGGUUGGUACGUUACAAUAAGCCCCGUUGCAGUUCGUCAGGAACGGCGUCGAGUUCUUUGGUGUGGUCGUGUCAAGGAUUCUAGUCGUCCAGAGUCGUGUGUCAAACUGUUAAUUUGUUGGGUCUGAUGGUGUCAGAAUAAAAGCCACCGAUGCGCCGGCUGACGGGCAUCUGGCUGUAAUGGUUGCAAAGACUUUGUGUUUAA